AUGGACGAGGAGCCUGCCGAUGGCGAAUUGGGUCCCCGGCUAUUUAAUUCCUACAAAACAUUAGGUCAAGGCCUCGGCGCGAGAACCUCAAACCCGCCUUUUCAGCCGCGACAUGAACAAUCGGAUGGCCAGAAUACACCCUUGCGACACUUGGAUGCCCUGCCGAAUCUCGUCCUCCAGUGCCAGCUGAUGGAACACUGGACCCUACAUCUCUGUGAUGCUUUGAACCCGGUCCCGGGAAUCCACAACCCCCUGCGGACUAUCAUGAUGCCAAUCGCCCUCGAAGGAGCCCGAGCAGACUUGAAAACGUCGACUGGCGCAACUGCCUUGUUCCACCUCAUCUCUUCAGCAUCUGCGUUUCAUUUGUCACAGAGAAGGAGCUCGCCGGAAGAGAGGCGCACUCUGGAGAGUGUAGCCCUGGAACAUCACAACCUCGGUAUCACUCAUCUUGGCCAAAAUAUCCAGUCCGAUGACCUGAGCCAGUGCGUGUCUGUUCUUGCAUCCCUGGUCAUGUGCAUCUUGAACGAGGCGAUUUCAACGCCCGCCCCGUUCUGGCGCCUCCACUUCCGAGGCGCUGUAGAAUGGGUAAACCACAUCAACCCUCAGGUUUGGCACGAGACAGAAUCAGCCUCGGUCAUCUAUCAGAUGUUUUCUGGCAUGGCGACGAUUGUCCAGUCGCAGCUGCUCCUUGACGGCCUCGACUCGGCACUAUGGGAUCUUCCUUAUGAUCCGGCAUCACAACCAGGCCCAUACAUUUUGGACAUGGCAUUUGGGUUGCCCCAGCCCAUCAUGCAAUGUCUCAAUGCCAUGAAGUCGAUCCAGAAGGAGGAUAAACGAUCGGACGGCCAACCUUCGGAGAAUACGGCCCAAAAACUGGACCGACUCGAGCUCGAGCUGUAUCUUUCCGCGCCAAAGAAGCCGGACUCGUCCUUUGGCCAAGAGUACGGCGACCUGGUGUAUCACCACGGCUACACGUACUACUUUGCGGCACUGCUGUACAUGAAGCGUACGGUAAAAGAGACGCCGAUAGAGGACGUGCAGGCGUUGGUCGAGCAAUCUCUGCAUCACAUUGAAGCCCUGAGCAAGUGCAGCGACCGGCCGUUUUCUCCGAUGCUGUGGCCGAUAGCGAUGAUCGCCUUCGAGAUAAGCCACUCCAUGGCGCAGACCCGCAUGCUGAAGUGUCUCGACGUAUUCCUGGAUAGAUCGGGGUUAAUGCUCUGGAAACAGCUCUCGCGCUUGGUCAAGGAUCUGUGGGCUUUGCGAAAAACAGAAGGGAAUGCCAAUGUGAAGUGGCACAAAAGUGUCCUCACGGCGGUCAACGACAGCUUCAUGCUUCUGUGA